AGCUAAACGACUGAAGUGAGGGUCAAAACACAGAGUCUGGUCGAAACCCCAAAUCGGCGACGGAGAACCAGCAAUCAAUAUGCCGGCAAGCGCUACUCUAAUCGGAGCCCUUUUGGGAUUGGGCACCCAGAUGUACUCCAAUGCCCUCCGCAAGCUUCCUUACAUGCGUCAUCCGUGGGAACAUUUGCUUGGAAUGGGAUUAGGAGCAGUUUUUGCUAAUCAAAUGGUGAAGUGGGAUGCCAAGUCCCGUGAAGAUCUCGAUAAGCUCCUUGCCAAAGCCAAAGAGGCCAACGAGCGACGUUACUUUGAUGAUGACGAAGAUUAGAGCUCAACAAUAAUGAGACUGUGAUUGGAGCCAUUUGUUAGCAGAUUGUAGAUGUUUGUGCCUUUCUCUGAUUUUUCGCUUAUAGUAAGGUCAUAGAUCUUAGCGCUCUGUUGAGAUUUAUGGUGUUAUUGCUUUGAAGUUCAAUCUUGUUUCAGAAUUGGUCAGUAGCCUCCUCAUCAUCAAUAAUGAUAUGUAUUUUAGCUGCAAAUAUUGCGCCUUGCAUUCACACCCCAAAUAUGAAAUUGUUUUUGUACUCAGUUUUGAUGCAUUAAUGAAAAUAUUGGAAUCUAUUCACUUGUCUACAGCACUUCAAUUUCUUAUUUUAAGGAGCACUGUAGCUCAAAAAUUAUGCUAAAAUGAGUAGUUAUUAGUUAGGCCUGCACCUUAUUUUGCUCUGCAUCAAUAGGAGCCAUUAAGAUUUGAUGUUUGUAAUCGAACAUUUUUCUUUUUCAUAAGAUGGUAUUCGUUGAUAUUAAAAUUUAGGACCUUUGAAUUGAGAAUCAAUAUCCUUCUCUUACCGCCGCCCCUGCUUACUUCUAAGUUGAUUGAUAUUAGAACACAGGUAGAUCAUGGGUCUUCUUGUCUAUGUUAUUUUCACCUGAUACAGAUGAUUUAACCACUAAUAAUUGGGAUAUCCCGGCCGAGAGCAUGAUUCUAGGAAUAUUUGCAAG